AUUAAUAUUUAAUAUUUUCUCAUUUUAGGUAGUGCACAGGAAUCUGACUUUUUUUAUGUACAGUACUGUAUUUAUAGACUUUGUUUUUUAAAUGUAAAUUGGCAAAAGGAAAAAAGUAUAUAUAUAAUUUCAAAAAAUGGCAGAUUGCGAAUCUAUUAUAAGUCCUUCCGAUUCUCGUCACGUGUUGACUCUUCGUACAAAAAUAACUUACAGUGUCGGCCAUGUGUUUAAUGAUCUAUGUGCAUCUAUGUGGUUCACGUAUUUACUAGUUUAUCAACACUUUGUGCUGGAAUUUAGAAACAGUAUUGCCGGGGAUCUUCUUCUCAUCGGACAGAUAGCUGACGGUUUGGCAACGCCGUUUGUCGGGAUCGAGUCCGACAAACCGGACCAGUUUUUUUGUAAAUAUGGAAGGAGGAAGACUUGGCAUCUACUAGGUACCAUUUGUGUGUUGUUGAGCUUUCCGUUUUUGUUUUUGAAGUGUGUCGGCUGUUCCCAUUCCCACCAAAGUGCACAGUUUGUAUAUUAUGCAGCGUUUAUCAUCAUCUUUCAGUUCGGAUGGGCCGCAGUUCAAGUGUCACAUUUGUCAUUAAUUCCUGACCUAACACCGAUAUCGUCGGAGAGAGUUGCACUCAAUUCUUACAGGUACGCAUGCACAGUAUCAUCAAAUAUUUUAAUAUAUUUAAUCACUUGGUUGAUGCUAGGCUUAAAUUCAGAGGGAAAAAAUAGUCUUAUUAGUCCCAAAGAUUCUCCAGAAUUUUGGCAUAUUGCACUUAUUGUUGUUUCUGUUGGUACACUGUUCAGUAUUAUCUUUCAUCUUGGUGUAAGAGAACCACCGCACGUAACUGCUUCUAUCCAGAAUGGAAGUAUCAAUUCAGAGAUAUUUUUGGAGCCACAUCUUACUUGGAGAGAUUGGUUAAAAGAAAUUCAGUUUUAUAAGAUUGGUUUGUUGUAUAUGUCUACUCGUUUAUACAAUAAUUUAUCUCAAGCAUAUAUUCCAUUAUAUCUUCAAGACAGUCUACAAUUGCCAAGGGAAAGUAUAGCCAUAAUCCCAUUAGUAGUUUAUGUAAGUGGCUUUGUUUCAUCCUUCUUCAUGAAGUAUCUUAGUUCAAAAAUUGGCAAAAAGGCGACUUAUUUUCUCGGCUGCAUACUUGCAUUGAUUGCAUGUGUUUGGUUAUAUUUUGGUGAAGGAGACGACUUUCGUUAUGGAGAAAUUUUCGGUGUUUCUUCACUCAUAGGCAUUGCUGGAUGUACAAUGUUGAUAUUAAGUCUGUCAAUAACUUCAGAUAUGAUUGGUGUUAACACUUCCAGUGGAGCAUUUGUUUUUGGUGCAAUGAGUUUUUUGGAUAAAUUAGCAAAUGGUAUAGCUGUGGUAACUAUCCAGAAUUUACAGCCCUGCAUGACUUGCUGCAGUAGCUGCAAGUGGUAUUAUAAAUACAUACUGAUUUACGUCUGUGGAGGAUCUGUGAUUAGCGCACUUAUUGCAUUAGCUUCCCUCCUCUCUUCGAAAAUUGGUGAGACAAAAUCACGAGGUUUAAUAAGGAAUAAUCGGGCAGAAAUCUGUGACAGAGAGUCUUCAAAAGAAAACGCCAUAGAUGAUCAGAUUAGUGACAAUGCACCUUUGAUAUUAGAUACCGGUGACAUUUGCAAAGCAUCUCAAACAAAUGGGGCUGUUAUAACAUGAUGUUUCCUUAAUUUAAUGCCAAAGCUUUUUAUCACUUUUAUUCUCUAGUCAGUAUUGAAAAUUGUUAAUAUUAUAUAUUAAUUAUUUUAUUCAAAUAACGCAAUGUUACUUUCGGACAGGUUUUAAAAGCUCAUAAGUUUAUUUCAGCAUAUAAUGUUGUACAAAAUCUGUUUUUAGUGAAAUUUUUUAUACAGUGUUUAAACACAUACAUUCCAAGCCAAAUUCUUAUCUGUGAUAGUAAAAAAUUGGGGAAAUUAUAAAGGAAAACAAAACUGUCACCCUGUUUAAGAUCUGUGUUUGGAUCAAUGUAAUAAAUUGCUUUUGUUUG